AUGCAGGCAACCUCACUGGUGCUAGUCGUUGCAUGCGCGGCAAUAUGCGCAGCUAAUAGGGCAUCAGCCGCAGCCGCAAACGAAGGCGACAAUGCAGCUGCUUACGCCACGCUUUGUUCCGCAGUAGCAGUACUUUCGACGCCCUACGCCGCACCAAGCACACCAGAGAUAAACGACGCUUUGCUCGCGGAGGCCCAAGCACUAAAUUUCUCGUUACACCACCCGGAAGCAGCGGAUGAACUGGCACAGGAAGGUAAAGACAGCAUGGAUAAACUGAAAAAAGGCGGCAAAGCACAAAAGCUAGCGACGGAGCAAUCCUUCGCAGACUACAAAAACAAAGCAGCAACGGCAAAAGCAAUGGCGAAAGAGAGGCCGUACGCAAGGGUGAAAAAAACGCUCAACAACGGAUUCUUAACAACGCAAAUUAAGAAAGUAAUUGACGACAUACAGGCAACGGUGGACAUUACCCAAAAAAUUAAGGUGCAGGAACAUACAAACACAGCCAACAGUAAAAUGAACAAGGCGGUCUACGGAACGGACGAACCAAACGAUUCAGUCCGAGUAGUGGACGCAGCGGGGGCAACAACAAGAGACGCAGUUUGCGGCAAGCCAGGAAACGCCAACGCCCAGCGCCGGGCAGGGAAAUCACUAAAACAAGAUAUUAUGUGCAUCUGUGCGUUACUAACAAGCGGACAAGGUCAGACCGCCUGCGCAAAUUUAAGCCCAGCACUAGACAAGGACCCAACAGGAGGAACGGAUCUGGAAGACGACUGGAAAAAGCUACACCAAACAUGCUUAGCGCGUUACCAUAAAAACGCACCGACUGCGGACAGAAUAAGAGCAGUUGCUGCCAACGUGCAACACACCAUUGCGCAAAGCACCGCCAACGGCAACAAAAUAACACAUAUCCUAGGGAAAACGAACCGAGACCCAGCAACAAACGGCUGCAACGGCGACGUCGGCGAUAACAGCGGGUGCUGCGUCUAUUACGGCCGCGGUGCCGGGGCAACCUUAACCUAUAAAAUAGAGUGGGCCGAAGCGAUGGAAGAAGCAGCACAAGCAAUCAAGGCAGCCGAACAAGCGGCGGCCCAAAAAACAGAGCUACUGGCGAAACUAACUUUGCUCAACACAACACUAGCUAACCUCGCCAAAGCGGCCAUGGAGGCGCAGGCAGCAGCCAGCCCAACUACUGAGCGAGCACCGCAGCAAGCGGACACAAAAACAGCGGAAGAUCAGGAGAAAGUUUGCAAUGCAGCAGGCAAUGACGAAAACAAAUGUAAAGACCUAGAAAGCCAAGGCUGCAAAUACGAUGAAAACAAACCAGCGGACCAAAAGUGCACAUUGAAAAAGGAAGUAAAAGAAAAACUAGAAAAAGAAGGAAAAAAAGAUGGAGCUACAGCAACAACUGUAAAAUGCUCCGAAUAUGGCUCACAAGACAAAUGCGAAGAAGUCAAUAAAGAAAAAGACAAACCUGUUUGUGGCUGGAGAAGCGGUAAAGAUAAUGAGGAUGACAAGGAUGCGAAAAAGUGCCGAAAUGGUAGUUUUCUAGCAAGCAAACAAUUCGCCCUGAUUGCCGUAGUUUUUGAUUGUUUGGUAGCGUUUUAA